UUGAUAUGGCCAGUAGUGUAUCUUUCGUGUUACAAUAAUGACAGUUAAGUUAUUGUCGUUUUCAUUUUCAUUUUCAUUGGUCUGCCUAUUAAUUGCGAAAUCGUUGUUGUUAUCCGAAGCGGCCUCAAUCACUUGGGGCCAACAGAGCAAGUAUGCUUCAACUAUUUACGACGAAGAAAUUCAAAUAACUGAUGCCAAUCCCGCAGUCGAAAUAACCUAUCCGGAAAAGGGCUGCAUUGACUGCAAUGACUACACCAUCGUCGCAAUGCAUGCAUUCGAUAUGCAAACACCGCCACUGCGCGCCACAGCGGACGGGGAAAGCAUAAAUAAGGAAGUGGCAAAUUCAACAACGAUAGAGGUGUUGCGUGGCGGCAUAGGCUUCAAUUAUACAACAAUACGAUUUCAAAAAAUAACAAAAUCCGCUAAUCAACUACCAGUUGCAGACAAAGGUGACAAACCAGUUGACAAUGAAAGUGUUAAAGCUACAGGGCGUAGAAAUGUUGUUCGCGCCCACUAUCAGUUUGUUAUUUAUGGUGUUAGUAUAUAAGAAUGCAUUGUUUGUACAUAAAUACAUACAUACGUAUACAGUAAGGUUGAUAAUAAGUACCUAAAUAAAAUAAGAUAAA